GUAACUUAAUGAACACUGUUAGUUGGAAGACCGACGUUUUCCAGAGAGAUUCCAGAAACCACUGCCAAUGCUUAAGAGUGUUUACCAGCAUCAGUUACAACUGCCAAGCACCUCACCAGUCGCUGGAUUUUAGAUGACAGACGCACACUCUGAUAAUUGUUAUUAGUGUGGAUGAGAUUUCCUUGAGGAACUAAAGUAGAAGAUAUAUACAGCUCACACACAGAGAGAAUGGCAGACCUAACGCCAACACACAUCAGCUGGCAACGGAACAUCAACACUAGCUCUCACUGCACUGACAGAUAUGCCCACAAAGAGCCGGUCAUGAGGAGAGGACAGACCUUCGUGAUGGCCUUGUGGUUCAACAGGCCAAGGCAGAGGGGGGAGAAAAUAGCAUUUGUCACAGAAACAGGGCCAUCCCCUUCAGAGGCCCAUCACACUAAGGCUGCCUUUAACCUCUCCGAGGUGAAGGCCAGUGGCUGGAGUGCGGUUCAGGAACCCAGCGAGCCUGACUACAUGAACAUUGCAAUAUGCAGCCCAGCCAAUGCAGUAAUUGGACGCUACAAACUGACUCUGAAGAUCAUCUCGGGCAACAAGGUCUCCUCCAGGUUCCUGGGGCACUUUAUACUGCUCUUUAACCCUUGGUGUCCAGGUGAUGAUGUCUACGUAGCGAAUGAAGAUGCACGACAGGAAUACGUUCUGGAUGAAAAUGGACUGAUCUUUAUUGGAAAUGCAAACCAUAUUGAAGCUAGAGGAUGGUACUAUGGGCAGUUUCAAGCUGACAUUAUAAAUAUCUGUCUUACCCUGCUGGAUAUGAGCCUGUACUAUAAUCAGAACCCAGGCACUGAUGUGUCCCGCCGAGGAGACCCUAAAUACGUGGGUCGGGUGAUCAGUUCCAUGAUCAACGGGAAUGACAAUGAUAAUGGAGUGUUGGAGGGAAGCUGGAAUGACCAUUUCGCUGAGCAUGAAAACCCAUCCAGAUGGAAUGGGAGUGUGGUGAUCCUCCGCAAGUGGUGUCAAGAGAAUUACAAGCCUGUCCAGUAUGGCCAGUGCUGGGUUUUCGCAGGCGUGAUGUGCACAGUCCUGAGAUGUUUGGGAAUUCCAACACGUUUGAUUACAAACUUCAAUUCUGCCCAUGAUGCGGAUGGAAACCUGAGUAUUGAUAAAUACUAUGACAGUGCUGGACGGAGCCUUAACAUCAGCAGAGACUCCUCAUGGGAUUAUCAUGUCUGGAACGAAGUUUGGUUCAUUCGAAGAGAUUUGGGAACAUCAUACAGUGGAUGGCAGGUUCUAGAUUCAACUCCGCAAGAGCAAAGCAAAGGGAUAUUUCAGUGUGGUCCUGCUUCAGUCAGAGCCAUCAAAGAAGGUGAUGUAGACUUGGAUUAUGACACUCUAUUUGUGUUUACGGAGGUGAACGCCGACUGCAACCAAUGGAUUAUCUACAAAGAUGGAACUAGGAAAAAAGCGUAUUGUGACACUGAGAGAAUUGGCAAAGCCAUCAGCACUAAAGCUGUGGGCAGUAAUUCUCGUGUGGACGUGACUAACAAUUAUAAAUAUCCAGAAGGCUCGCCUGAGGAAAGAGACGUGUAUAAAAAGGCCAUUGCCAAGGCACGUGGAGCAACGCUCACAGAAAGACUCUCUGAAGUACCUAAUGAAACCAUUAGGAAACCUGAGAUUUCAGGGGUAUUCAAGCUGGUUGAAACCCCUGUGUUUGGCAAAGAUAUCCAUCUGAACUUAAUUCUCACUAACCCGUCCACUGAAAAUAAGCCUGUAAAGGUGAACAUAAGUGCAUCAACUAUCCUGUACACAAGGAGAGCAGUGGCAGAGAUCUUGCAAGAAGCCGUCUCUGUUGAUCUUGGUUCUAAAGAAGAGAAACGGAUUCCAUUAAAGAUCUCUUAUGCCCAAUAUGAAAAGUCCCUUACUGAUGACAGAAAGAUCUUAGCGACUGCCUUGUGUGAAGUCAUGCACUCGCAAGAAGUAAAGAUAUUGGUGGAGAAGACCAUCACUUUAGAGACGCCGAACAUCUUCAUCAAGAUUCCUGCACAGGUUGUGGUGAACAAGCCUGUUACUGCAGAGAUCUCGUAUGCCAAUCCUCUCCCUGAGCCUGUGAAGGACUGUGUGGUGUUCGUAAAACUGAUGAAUCAAGAGGUCAAGAUAGAUGUGGCAGACAUGGCACCCAGGGAGCGAUCACAGAUUUACUUUGACUUCACACCCCACAGAAGUGGUGAGAUCCAGCUGCAGGUGGACUUCUCUUGCGACAAGUUUUCCUUUGUUAAAGGGUUUGAAACCAUUAACGUGGCCCUGGAUCAGUGAUUCAUUGAAACAGCUGUAAUGUCUCUGAUUAUGGGGCCAAGUCCCCAUUUCUGCGCUAGCAUGAAAACACAUUUUCCUCUGCACAAUCAGAAUGAUGACUAAGUGCAUUUUCAUUCUGAAUGUCCUUGUGAAGUGCAAGGCAGGAAAAUUCUCCCAAUAAAUAAAGAGGAAAAUAGCUCAUCUCUCUGCAUUACAACAGGAUGACUUCUCUUGCUUCCACAUUUCCUUGUCUAAUCUCAAAUAUUUCUAUUUGUAGUUUGUUUGGGUUUGGGGUGGGGGUUUUUUGGCCCUCUACUCUGGACGCUUGUCCUACAACAAAUGCAAAAACAUACAGUAUAAAAAUGAAUAGUUCUGUAGCACCUUAGAGAUUAACAAAUUAUAUACACACGUACGCACAUUUCUACUUUUAAAUAUAUGGGCACUACUAAUAUUACAUUGUAUUAGUACACACACACACACAGUAGGCACGUCAAGGGUUAGAUGAAUAUACAAUUAACUGAUAAGCCUAGGUUUAUCAGUUAAUCCUGUCAACUACAUGCACU